GUUUAUAUGCUGCCACUGAGAAUUCACAUCUAUACCAAGAAAAGGUAGCAGCUGAAAUUGCUUUAAAGUUGACACGAAUUAUUUUUUUGACUCCUGAAAAAUUUGCCCUCAAUAUAGGAUUUAGAAAGAUGAUAGAACGAAUUGCUGCAGUAGAUGGUGUCCAAUUUGUAUUUGAUGAAGUACAUUGCAUGCUGGAUCAAGAAUAUUUCCGAAAUUGUUGGGGUAAAAUUGCUAAGAUCAUAAAAAACAAUUUUUCUAUAUCACCUUUAAUGUUAGUAAGUGCAACAUUAUCCAAGAAUGAUGCUGAAAAGUUGUAUUUAAAAUUAGGCAUUUCAAAUGAAAAUCUUACUGUGGUUCGAUCAAGCCGUUGCAUUAUUUAUUGUGCUACUCCACAUUCAGUAGAUGAUCUCAGAAAAUAUCUUGUUGAAAAGCUUGCUCACUAUAAAAUAGAUUGCUACCAUGGAAAGCUGUUAGGUGAAGAAAAAAAAUUAGCAAUUAAUAAUUGGAAAAAAGAAAUAACAAAAAUAAUGGUAGCUACUAAUGCAUUUGGUUUGGGGAUCAAUACUCCAGAUAUAAGGUUGGUAGUGCACUAUGAUUUUCCCAUGGGCCUUAGAGAAUAUAUCCAAGAAAGUGGUCAAGCAGCAAGAGAUGGUACCUCUGCAAAAAGUAUUAUCUUUUAUUCACAAAGUGAUUUCAAUCUUCUAUACUCAAUAAUUGCUGAAGGUCAUGAAUAUUCUGGAGAAGAGGAAACCGUUGAAAGAAAAGCACAACUUCAAGCUGGCUUGAAAAACUAA